AUGACAACUCUUCCCCAAGGAUAUGAUGAGGCAGCAUUUACUAGAGCACUGCUCGCGUUACAAGGGGCACCUCCCCCUCCCGCACCACUGCCCCAAGUUGCGCAGACACCUCAAAUGCCGCUGAAUAUGCAGGCGCAGCAGAUCCCGAACCCAGCGCAAGCACUGCUUGCUGCACUUCCAUGGUUACAGUACCUGCAAAUGCAGAAUCAGUAUGGUCAGCUCCCGCAGCAAAUGCAUCAGGGGCUAUACAUGCCACAGCCGUUGUCAUCCCUCGGAAGCGGCCAAGUCCCUCAAUAUUCUAGUAACGAGCUCGAUGUCGGCAGGACAUCCUCAGCGUCGCCAACAGAGACUGCACUUCGUUCUGAAAUGGAUAAUACAGAUGUCGAACCCAUUGUCAUUGCGGAAGACAAAAGAAGACGAAAUACUGCAGCGUCAGCGCGGUUCCGAAUCAAAAAGAAACAGUGGACACUGAACCUUGAACGCACGAUAUCCGACCUUUCAAGUCGAGUGCAGGAGCUUGAGGCAGAAGCAGCGGAGCUUCGGAGAGAGAAUGGGUGGUUGAAGGAGAUCGUCAUGCUCAAGAGUAAGCGAGCAACUGGCGUUGUAUCCGACUCAGGAGAGAUUGGGCCUUUUGCCCCACGCCAAACCAGUAUAACAGAUCGAGACAGAGAAGUAGGCAACGAUAGCAGUUCAGCGGAAGGGGGAUUCACGGCAGAAGAGAAAGGAAAGGAGAGACAAUCCUGA